UCGAUCACCGGUAUAUGUACAUACGUGAUGUGUAUAUCAUAUGUUGCCGGACAAAAUGGCCAUCAGCCAUAGUAACCACCUGUUCGUGCCUGCGGUAUUUGUAUUCUGUCUCCUAUUGCCACUCGUUCAGGCUGAGAAUUCGGAAGAUUAUACUGACUCAAGACAGCUCGAGAAGAACCUCGCGGUUUCAAGGCAGAGAAACAACAUUCAGUGGUUACCGAAUUACAACUGGAAACCACCCGAGCAUUAUGGCCUGAGGAAAGAAUCGACGGAGAAAAAAGCAGGGAUAGAAUUUACAAAACCAGAGAAUCCGGAACAAAGGAUAGCGGAUCCAUGGAUAAAGAAAAUGCAAGAGAUAAGCCGACAGAAGAGAGAAAAAUGGGUACCAUACAAAAGAAACGAGAACGAAAAACUCGCCCUCGACAUUGUCGAAGAAACUACGAGAGCGAACAAACUUACGAACGAUGAAUCGAUCACGCAACUUGAUCCUACUAUUCUGAUGACACUCGCACAACCUUCAAUCGAUCAAGACAGUGCAAGCGCGAAAGAUCUCCACGAUUCUUCCUUGUUACAAUCUGCGGAUGCAAAUGUCGAUGGAUCAAAUAGAAAACUCGAUCUAUGGAAUGUGAGCGUAGAAAAUCCGUCUGCAGAAAUUAUUCAAGAGGCACACGUUGUGUCUCAUCAACGAUAUAAGGACUACGAAAUAUCUGAUAUAAAGGAAGAGCCAUUCGACGCAGAGAACACAACUGUGGCGGAUUAUGCAAGAAGCGAACUUGAGGAGGAUCGCUCGCUCACCUCCAAAAUAGAUUCGCAUUCUAAAGAAUCGAUCUCGCAAGAAUCGAAAAUUCAACCUAGUUCUGAUAAUACGCGUAGAAAUAUCAAGAAAUAUUCAAAUAGCGGUGAGAAUUUAAAUUAUAAGAGUAAUUCUGAAGAAUCUCCUGUGAGGGAAUAUCCCAGACAACCCAAUCUCUCUCAAAAUGAUAAAGAGAAAAACAGCAAGGACAGUAAGAGGCAUGACGAGAAGAUCGUAACGACGAAACUAUUGACGCGAAAGAGCAAUGAGGAGGGGGACGAUGCGAAGGAGAAGGACACGACAGGGCGACCGCUGAAUCAUGGAGGAUCGUUUCAGCCUGGUAGAUGGGGUAUGAGCAUUUUGUCGCCGCCUAUGGAAUUUCUAGAGAAUAUAUUCCGACUACCGAUGCACCGGAAAAAUAAGGAGCAUACCGAAGGCAAGAAAGACGAAAAGCACGAUUUGGUUGGUCAAUGGGGCAUGAGUGUCACCUCACUUCCGAAGGAAUUCCUCGAGGAUAUCUUGAUGCAUCAAACACACGGAGCUAAACACUUGACCGUGAAACCGGGAUCAAGGCCGAGCCAAGUCAAAGGAUCUUCCCAAUCAUUAACUCACCCAAGCUAUGAGAAUUCGCAAGCAGACUCGACGCAGCGAUUAAUAAUUGACGAGCAUAAUAAGGAACUAGCUGAGACUUCAUACGGAAAAGUUUCAAACGAUUUUGACCCUUCUCGAUAUCCAAAACUCAAUUAUUGGAACAAUUAUAGAACAAAUAUUGAUCUUAACAAUCGCCUGUUUCUAAGAAAUCUAAAAUUUCUAACGCAAGCUUUGCAAUCGUAUAUUGAACAGAAUGAUGUAGAUAUACCAAUAUCUUGUUGUAUACAAGUUCCAUACGUCCCAUUCCGUAUCUAAAAAAAGCUUUUCAUUAAAUUGCUUUUACUUUAUCUUAUUUUUGUUAUAUUCGAAUUGAGUAACUAUAUGAAAAUUUAUCGCCAAAUAAUAAUCGUCUAAAGAUUUUAAAUAAGAUGCUUUAAAUCAGAUAUAUUCCUUCAUAUAAUUGAUUAAUGAUAUCGCAAAUAAUAGUAAUUAUUUAAUUUUUAAUGAAAAUUAAAUAAUUUUAAAUGUCAUUCGAUUAAAUCCCAUUUCUACAAAAUAAUAAUUUUUUUUCAUAUGCUUUUAUGUCAAGUAUUUGGCCAAAACACAGAUAAUUAAAAAAUAUUAUCAAAUGCAAUAACUUUAUUAUUCAACAUGCUUUUCUGGUAUAUCUGGACAUCAUUAAAUAAUUUCUUUCUUAUUAGUUAUAUUAAAAAUACACACGACGCGAAAUCGUAAAAUGCAUUUUAAUGAUCGUACUUAUGUCGUAUAACAAAAUUGUAAUUUCCAUCAUGAAAGUCAAAUAAACAGUUGAUUUAUUACUAACAAUAUGAUAACAUUAUGCACCCAAUAAACACAAAGCACAAAAACAACUUUGGAUAAGGUCCUUUUGAUAGAGUAAUACGAAAAUAUUCUCAAUUUCUUAUUGAUAUAAAAUAAUAGAAAAACUAUAUAAUAUUCUAGUAAAAUUAUAUCAGUCAAAUAAAAUUACGACAUUUUACAUCUAGUUAAAUUUCUUGACGAAAUAGUGAAAAGUCCAAUAAUGAGAAUUCCUAAAUAUUGUAUAUACAGCAAUAAACCAAUAUACAGUUGGA